UUGCUAUUGGAUGACAUUCUCACAUCUUUCGCACUCUAUUGGUUGUCACGGUCCCGUGAAUUGCUGAGGCAGUGUGCUAGUGUUUUGGUGGGUGAAAAGAGGAAGCGGGUGUGGAAAAUGUCCGGUUACAGGAGCCAGAUUAGUAAAAGCAAAGACCCGUCAGGAUUACUCAUCUCUGUGAUCAGAACCCUUUCAACCAGUGAUGAUGUGGAAGACAGGGAGACCGAGAAAGGACGUCUGGAGGAGGCUUAUGAAAAGUGUGACAGUGACUUGGAUGAAAAGAUUGAGCAGCACUUCACUGAACUGACUACUGCCAUUCGUACUUACCAGAGCAUAACUGAACGCAUUACCAGUUCACGCAACAAGAUCAAGCAGGUAAAAGAAAAUCUGCUGUCCUGCAAAAUGCUACUUCACUGCAAGCGAGAUGAAUUAAGAAAGCUGUGGAUUGAGGGCAUUGAACACAAACAUGUCUUGAAUCUCUUGGAUGAAAUUGAGAACAUCAAGCAAGUGCCACAGAAACUUGAACAGUGUAUGGCUAGCAAGCAUUACCUCAGUGCUACCGACAUGCUGGUAUCUGCUGUUGACUCCUUGGAAGGGCACUUACUUCAGGUGGAGGGGCUUAGUGAUCUGCGACUGGAGCUUCAUAGUAAGAAGCUGAACAUGCAUUCUGUGCUGAUUGAUGAGCUGCACCGUCAUCUUUACAUUAAAUCAACUAGCCGGUUAGGGCAGUGGAAUAAAGAUAAAAUGAGGAGCAGCUUACUUGUGAAGGAUUCUCCAGUACCUCUUGUAGAUGUUACCAAUUUAUCAACACCUCGUAAAUUAUUUGAUGGCUCCCAUUUUGGGACUCCUUCUUGCUCAAGUGUCAAAGAGCUGAAUCUAGAGGACAUAAAAGAGGACUCUGACUCUGACCCUGAGGAGAACAGCAAAGUUUUUAUGGGGAUUCUUAUCAAAGGUCUGGCUAAGCUGAAGAAAAUCCCAGAGACUGUUAAAGCCAUAAAAGAACGUUUAGAGCAGGAAUUAAAGCAAAUUGUGAAAAGGUCCACUACUCAGGUAGCAGAUAGUGGCUAUCAGAGAGGAGAGAAUAAUACUCAGGAAAACCAACCACGGUUGCUUCUGGAACUGCUGGAGCUUCUCUUUGAUAAAUUUAAUGCUGUGGCCUCAGCCCAUUCGGUGGUUUUGGGACAUCUGCAGCAGACUGUGGCAUCUCCCACCAGCCAAUCUGAUGGUGAUACAAAGCUUUAUGACAUGGCUGAAGUAUGGGUAAAAAUCCAAACAGUUCUUCAGAUCCUGCUUACUGAGUACCUUGAUAUGAAAAACACCAGAGCAUCCUCUGAGGCAUCGACCCAGCUGAGUUAUGCCAGCACUGGCAGGGAAUUUGCUGCAUUCUUUGCAAAGAAGAAACCCCAAAGGCCUAAGAACUCCCUUUUCAAGUUUGAGUCGUCUUCACAUGCAAUUAGCAUGAGCGCUUAUUUAAGAGAGCAGAGGAGGGAGCUCUACAGCAAGAGUGGGGAACUGCAAGGUGGUCCCGAUGAUAACCUGAUUGGUGGAGGAACACGGUUUGUCUGUAAACCAGGUGCCAGAAAUAUCACCAUAAUAUUCCAUCCCUUGCUCAGAUUUAUACAAGAGAUUGAGCAUGCCAUGGGGUUAGGCCCAGCUAAGCAAUGCCCACUGCGUGAGUUCCUCACCAUGUAUAUCAAAAACAUCUUCCUACAUCAGGUGAUAGCAGAAAUCAACAAAGAAAUAGAAGGUGUCACAAAGGUAUCAGAUCCUUUGAAAAUCUUGGCAAGUGCUGACACCAUGAAAACUCUUGGAGUCCAGCGCCCACUACUCCAGAGCACAGUUAUUGUGGAAAAAACAGUUCAGGAUUUGAUGAAUUUGAUGCGUGACCUCAGUGCUUACUCAGAUCAGUUCCUUAAUAUGGUGUGUGUGAAACUACAAGAAUAUAAGGACACUUGCAGUGCUGCAUUCAGGACAAUCGUUCAGUCUGAGGAGAAGUUGGUGAUAAGUGCUUCAUGGGCCAAGGAUGAUGACAUCACCAGGCUUUUAAAGUCUCUUCCCAAUUGGCUAAACAUGGCCCAGCCUAAACAAUUACGUCCAAAGAGAGAAGAGGAGGAAGAUUUUGUACGAGCUGCUUUUGCCAAGGAGUCUGAAGUCCUGAUUGGAAACCUUGGUGAUAAACUCAUUCCACAGGCAGAGAUCAUGGGGGAUGUCAGUGACCUGAAAGCCUUGGCGAAUUUACAUGAGAGCCUGGAGUGGUUGGCUGGAAGGCUGAAAGCAGCUAUUGCCAGUUUGCCAAGUUCACAGACAAUGUCCCCUGGCUCAGACAGCAUUGUGAGUGUGGAUAUCCCAGUUCUUUCUGAACUGAUCUUACAAACUUUAAGUGAGCUGGCGAAGUCAUUCCAGGACAUGUCGGACCGCUGCCUUCUGGUCUUACACUUGGAAGUCAGAGUUCAUUGCUUUCAUUAUCUCAUCCCCUUGGCCAAGCAAGGAAAUUAUGCCAUUGUUGCCAAUGUGGAAAGCAUGGACUAUGACCCCCUGAUAGUUCGUCUCAACAAGGACAUUAGUGGCAUUGAAGAGGCAAUGGGCGCCAGUCUUCAGCAGCACAAGUUUCAAUACAUCUUUGAAGGUCUAGGUCAUCUUAUUUCUUGCAUCCUGAUUAAUGGUGCCCAGUACUUCAAGCGUAUAAGUGAGUCUGGUAUCAAGAAAAUGUGCAGGAAUAUCUUCGUUCUCCAGCAGAAUCUUACUAACAUCACUAUGUCCCGAGAGGCAGAUCUGGACUUUGCAAGGCAGUACUAUGAGAUGAUGUACAACACUGCGGAUGAGCUGUUAAAUCUGGUGGUGGAUCAGGGAGUGAAAUACACAGAGCUGGAGUAUAUCAAUGCAUUAAGCCUCCUCCACCGCAGCCAAACUGGAGUAGGAGAUCAGACAACCCAGAACAUGAGGCUGCAGCGCCUUAAGGAAAUCGUCUGUGAGCAAGCCGCCAUCAAGCAAGCCACCAAGGACAAGAAAAUCACCACUGUCUGAUAUAACACUCAUACCAAAAGGGUCAGGAAUCAUCCAUGAAAUGUACUCAUACACAAGAUAUAAACAAAAUAUGUUUUGCUUAUUAUUUGUUAUAGCAUCUGGAACUGAAAUAAAAAUUAUGAG